AUGGCAACGAUACGAUUUACGGUAGAUAGGAAAGUUGCAGGAAGGAGCAAAGGAGGACUCACUUUGCAAGGAGAACCACCCAAGUUGCCACCAAUUGAUUCCUUUAAGCUAAACAAUAUCAUUAACAGUGUGGAGAACUCCAAGCAGUUAAGAAAAGAGAUAGUAGAUUCAGUUCUACGGAUCAAUAACAAUUACACUGAAGAUUUGGACGACCAGAUUAAGGCCAUAAGAGAUAUAGAGCAGGAGGAGAUUAUACGACGAUUCGAAGAUAUUACCAUUGCGUAUAGUAAAGUAGGUAAAGAAGCCACAGUGCAGCUAGAUAGAAGAAGGCAGAAGAUGGAGAAUAUACAAGAGGACAUGUCAGUAGUUAACGAGCAACUUCGGAAAUCGACGCGACGAGUUAAUGAGAUGAUAGACCGAUUGAAGAGGCUAGAGAAGCAGUUUCCAGUCAAAGACAGAUUAUUUGACAUGAACAGUCCGAACGACGAUCAUUAUAGGGAAUUGUUUGAUCGGGGGAUGAGAAAGGAGAUAGAAGAGAAGAAUAGGAGAGAUAAGGAAGAACUAGAGAGUCGGGUUAUCUCAGAUAACUUAUCGUCUUCACCAACGAAGAUGAGACAGUAUAUCGAACUUGAAAAGGAUAUAGAAGAACUUCAACGGACACAUUCGAGAAGUGUAUCGAAGUUCAAGAAUCCCACGAGAUUGACAGUAAUCGAGGUGCCCAUAGCAGAAUUGAACAGUGAAGAAGUGACAGUGAGAAGUCGAAGAGAAGGAGAGAAAUGGAAAGGUGAGUUGAGAAAACUGGCCAAAAGAAACGAAUGA